AUGGAUCAAUCACAAUUACCACCCACUACGGGUCAACCUACAUCAUCCUUUAUACCUACAUCAUCCAUGCCUUCACCAAAUACUACCAUUCCUACAUCCACACCAGAAAUCAAACCAACCAACACUACAUUACCCGAGAAUACUCAACCUGAAUACUCUUUUAGCUAUCAUCCUACAUCAUCCGUUGUUCCAGCUUUCUCAACAUUUUUUCCAACAUCCGAUCAACCCUCAUCAUCACAACAAAUACCAUCACCCAAUUUAUUCCAAACCAGUCCAUCUAUCAUCCAUUCCACUCCAUUUCAACCACCUUUGCAACCGGGAGUACAAUAUCAACAACCACAUUUUCAACACACUUCGGGUGCAAGACAAGAUGGGUUUGAUGAUGGGUAUGAUGAAGAAUUUGGGGGAUAUGAUGAAGAAGGGUAUAUGUAUGGAGGAGAUGGGGAGAAAGGAGAGUACACUUAUGUUCAAGGUAGAAAUCAAGGGAUGCAAGAUGUUGGUAGAAUUCCUCAACAACAAAUCAUACCGCAACAAUUGCCACCACAAGGUCCACCGGUUCGAAGGCAAGUUCAACAACCAUAUGUGGGGCCGAGAUUUCAGCCACCUUUACAACAAUUUGGGCCCCCACGACUACAAGCUCAAAGGCCGAUGGGUCCCGUACGCCCAAGAGUUCGAUUGGGUGUACCGUGA